AUGGAGAAGAGGAGCAAUAUGAAGUUGCAUGUUCCUUUGUUCUUCUUCCUCUACUGUUUCAUUGCUUGUUGCAGCCACGGUUUUGCUCAGAAAGUUAACUUCAACAAUCAAGUAUUAACUUUGUUAUCAAUAAAGGCAAGUCUUAUUGAUCCAUUGGAUCAGCUUCGAGAUUGGAAAGUUGCAGACCAAGCGAUAGUGAACAAUUCCGUUCACUGCAGUUGGACUGGAGUUCAAUGCAACUCCAAUGGUGCUCUAGACAAGCUUAAUCUUUCUCACAUGAAUCUUUCUGGGGUUGUAUCCCCUGACAUCCAACGGCUGCAAAGUCUAACUUCUUUGAACUUAUGCGGCAAUGGGUUCUCAUCACCGCUGCCAAAAUCUUUGUCAAAUCUCACUGCAUUAAUUCACAUUGAUCUGAGCCAGAACAAUUUUGUUGAUGACUUUCCUGUGGGGCUUGGAAGGGCAAUUGGACUAUUGACGUUAAAUGCUUCAAGCAACAACUUCUCGGGCUAUCUUCCUGAGGAUCUGGGUAACGCAACAUUCCUUGAGACCUUGGAUCUUCGAGGGAACUUUUUUGAAGGUCCAAUUCCCAAAUCUUACAAGAACUUGGGCAAGUUGAAAUUUCUGGGUCUUUCAGGGAAUAAUCUGAGUGGUCAGAUACCACCAGAGCUUGGAGAACUUUCAUCAUUGGAGACUAUAAUUCUUGGGUACAAUGAACUUGAAGGUGGAAUUCCAGCAGAGUUUGGGGACCUUACCAGUCUGAAGUACCUUGAUCUAGCUGUUGGCAAUCUUGGUGGCCCAAUUCCAGCUGAACUAGGGAAGCUACAAAUGCUGGAUACACUUUUCUUGUACAAGAACAAUUUUGAAGGAAAUAUUCCACCAUUAAUUGGAAACAUGAAUUCAUUGAAGUUGCUGGAUUUUUCUGAUAACAUGUUGUCAGGGGAAAUUCCAGCAGAGAUAGCUAAUCUGAAGCAUUUGCAGCUCCUGAAUCUGAUGUGCAAUCAAUUAUCAGGUUCAAUUCCAGCAGGGUUUGGGGGGUUGACUGAGCUAGAGGUGCUUGAGUUGUGGAACAAUACCUUAUCAGGUCCUCUUCCGAGUGACCUUGGCCGCAAUUCACCGCUUCAGUGGCUAGAUAUUUCAUCCAACUCAAUAUCUGGUCAAAUUCCAGAAAGCUUGUGCAGUAAAGGUAACCUCACUAAGCUUAUUAUGUUCAACAAUGCCUUGACUGGUCCAAUUCCAGCUAGCCUAUCUACAUGUAUGUCCCUGGUUCGGUUCAGGAUUCACAACAAUCUUCUUUCUGGGACAAUUCCAGUUGGCUUUGGUAAACUUGGGAAACUUCAAAGGCUUGAACUGGCAAAUAAUAGUCUUACGGGGCAAAUCCCAAAUGACAUUGGUUCGUCCGCAUCUCUUUCUUUUAUUGAUUUCUCCAGAAACCACCUUCAAUCUUAUCUUCCUUCAUCCAUUCUGUCCAUACCAAAUCUGCAGAGAUUCAUGGUCUCAGAUAAUAACUUUGUUGGCGAAAUCCCAGAUCAGUUCCAGGAUUGUCCUUCACUUUCUGUGCUAGAUCUCUCAUCAAACCAAUUCACUGGAAGCAUUCCAGCUAGUAUUGCAUCAUGCGAAAAAUUGGUAACCUUAAAUCUAAGGGAAAACCAAUUAACUGGGCCAAUCCCAAAAGGAAUUUCUAUGAUGCCUACAUUAGCCGUUCUUGAUCUGUCCAACAAUUCUUUAACUGGUGGGAUACCUGAAAAUAUUGGGAAUUCUCCUGCGCUUGAAAUGCUCAAUGUUUCUUAUAACAAGCUGGAGGGUCCUGUUCCUGCAAAUGGCAUGCUUAGAACUAUUAAUCCAGAUGAUCUUGUUGGCAAUGCUGGUCUCUGCGGCGGUGUGCUUCCUCCAUGCUCCGGUAAUUCAGCAUACACAUCCAAGCGGAAUAGCUUGCAUGCAAAACACAUAGUUGCUGGAUGGCUGAUUGGAACAUCAGCACUUUUAGCUCUUGUCCUAGCAGGUUUGGGGGCGCGAUCCUUGUAUAAAAAGUGGUAUGAGAAAGGAAGUUGCUUUGAGGAAAGAUUUGAAGUUAACAGCAGUGACUGGCCUUGGAGACUAAUGGCAUUCCAAAGACUUGGUUUCACUAGCAAUGACAUUCUAGCCUGUAUUAAGGAAUCAAACGUGAUAGGCAUGGGCGCAACAGGAGUUGUUUACAAGGCAGAAAUGCAAAGCCAAAAGAUGGUAGCUGCAGUCAAGAAACUGUGGAGAACAGGAACUGACGUUGAGAUCGGAGGCAGUGAUGAUCUUGUUGGUGAGGUCAAUCUCCUAGGAAGAUUAAGGCACAGGAACAUUGUAAGACUGCUAGGAUUUCUGCAUAAUGACUCCGAGGCAAUGAUCCUGUACGAAUACAUGCAGAAUGGUAGCCUUGGAGAAGCUUUACAUGGCAAACAAGCAGGAAAGUUGCUAGUUGACUGGGUAUCCCGCUAUAAUAUAGCGCUUGGCGUGGCACAAGGACUUGCAUAUCUCCACCACGAUUGCCACCCUCCGGUGAUCCACCGUGAUGUCAAGUCAAACAACAUCCUGCUGGAUGCAAAUCUCGAGGCAAGAAUUGCAGAUUUCGGGUUGGCAAAGCUGAUGGUGAAAAAGAAUGAGACUGUAUCAAUGGUUGCUGGAUCCUAUGGGUACAUAGCCCCUGAGUAUGGGUACAGCUUGAAAGUUGAUGAGAAGAGCGAUAUCUACAGCUAUGGGGUUGUCCUCAUGGAACUUCUAACUGGUAAAAGGCCAUUGGAUCCUGAAUUUGGAGAAUCUGUCGACAUUGUGGAAUGGAUACGCAUCAAGAUCAGAGACCACAAGUCCUUAGAAACGGCACUAGACCCUUCUGUAGGAAUCACGAAACAUGUUCAAGAAGAAAUGCUGCUAGUCCUGAGGAUUGCCAUUCUCUGUACAGCCAAGCUCCCCAAGGACAGACCAUCCAUGAGGGAUGUCCUAACAAUGCUUGGAGAGGCAAAGCCUCGAAGAAAAGGUAGUAGCAACCAUGGCGCCGAUAAAGAUAACCCGGUAUUUAGCACAACACCUGUAAAUGACAUUCCGUAA